GAGCGCAGGAGCCACCUGCUCGAUCCGAAGGGGCGGCACGCGACCCCGGGAGCGCCCCGGCCUCCCCCUGGCCGCCUCGGGCUCGGUGAGCUGUUUCGUCCCUCCGGCCGGCAGGCUGGGCGCGCAGGGGCGCAGGUCCCCGCCCGGCGCGCAGCGGCACCAUGGGCACGGUGCUGUCCCUGUCCCCCAGCUACCGGAAGGCCACGCUGUUUGAGGAUGGCGCGGCCACGGUGGGCCACUACACGGCCGUGCAGAACAGCAAGAACGCCAAGGACAAGAACCUGAAGCGGCACUCUAUCAUCUCCGUGCUGCCUUGGAAGAGGAUCGUGGCCGUGUCGGCCAAGAAGAAGAACUCCAAGAAGGUGCAGCCCAACAGCAGCUACCAGAACAACAUCACGCACCUCAACAAUGAGAACCUGAAGAAGUCGCUGUCGUGCGCCAACCUGUCCACGUUCGCCCAGCCCCCACCGGCGCAGCCGCCCGCACCCCCUGCCAGCCAGCUCUCGGGCUCCCAGACGGGGGUCUCCUCCUCCGUCAAGAAGGCCCCGCAUCCUGCCGUCACCUCCGCAGGGACGCCCAAACGGGUCAUCGUCCAGGCGUCCACCAGCGAGCUGCUGCGCUGCCUGGGUGAGUUUCUCUGUCGCCGGUGCUACCGCCUGAAGCACCUGUCCCCCACGGACCCUGUGCUCUGGCUGCGCAGCGUGGACCGCUCGCUGCUCCUGCAGGGCUGGCAGGACCAGGGCUUCAUCACGCCCGCCAACGUGGUCUUCCUUUACAUGCUCUGCCGGGAUGUCAUCUCCUCCGAGGUGGGCUCCGACCACGAGCUCCAGGCCGUCCUGCUGACCUGCCUGUACCUCUCCUACUCCUACAUGGGCAAUGAGAUCUCCUACCCGCUCAAGCCCUUCCUGGUGGAGAGCUGCAAGGAGGCCUUUUGGGACCGCUGCCUCUCCGUCAUCAACCUCAUGAGCUCCAAGAUGCUGCAGAUCAACGCCGACCCCCACUACUUCACACAGGUGUUCUCCGACCUGAAGAACGAGAGUGGCCAGGAGGACAAGAAGCGGCUCCUCCUAGGGCUGGACCGGUGAGCCCGCUAGCCUGCAUCACGGCUCAAGGAUUCAAUUCAUUUUUAAAAAUUUAUUAUUA